UUGUAAAAAAAUAAAAAACAAAAUUCAAAUUUUAGCUUCCUACCUCUAACCGCUCGUAACACGCAGACCCAUCGAUCCCUACUACCAAUCAGUAUGUCAGUGCAAUAUUUAAUAUAAUAAUUAUAAAUAUAUGUGAAAGUAAAACGAAAUGCCCUCGAUAUUCCGAAUAGUUUGGUAACAUUUAUGUAUAAAUUAAGUUAGGCACCUGCACUAUAAUGUGUCUUCAGUGCAGUUUUGAAAUUUUAACAAUAUUAAUGUGUAAUGCGCUCCUAGGCCUCUACUUGAGCUCCUCUUCAGCUCUCGAUCUACAAGAUAUUACUAUAAGCAAAUCGCGUGGUAUGCUCUAUCCUCGGGACUCUGAAACGCGUGAGGUCCGUAGUCUCGAUGGCAUGUGGAACUUUGUUCCCGCCGAUGAGGAAUACCCCAGUCAGGGUGUUAACGAUCAAUGGUACAAAGAUAAUUUAAACAAGGUUCGUAAGGUUAUUGGAAUGCCAGUGCCGGCCUCGUAUAAUGAUAUUACCACCAAACAAUCGCUGAGGGACCACGUAGGAGCCGUUUGGUAUGAUCGCAACUUCUUUGUGUCGCGCUUGUGGGCCAAAGAUCAACGUGUCUGGUUACGUUUUGGCAGCGUUCACUAUAAAGCGUUUGUGUGGGUAAACGGAGAGCUAGCCGUCAAGCACGAAAUGGGUCAUUUACCUUUUGAAGCAGAGGUAACGCACUUGCUGAAGUACGGGUCUGAGAAUCGCAUAACCGUGAUUUGCGACAAUGCGCUGAUUCAGACCACAGUGCCACAGGGCAAGAUCUCGGAAGUGGCCAACGAUAAUGGAGUAAGCAUUGUACAAAGCUAUUCCUUCGACUUCUUCAAUUACGCGGGCAUACAUCGGUCGGUGCAUUUAUAUACCACGCCCAAGACCUUCAUUGAAGAGGUGGAAAUCAACACUGAUCUGGCCAAUGACAAUAGUUUGGGCUAUGUCUACUACACGAUAAGUGUGAAUGGAAGUGCCGCCAAUCAGGCAGAUAAUGCUCUAUAUGCACGAGUGCAGCUGUAUAAUCGCGAGGGCGAGCAGGUGGCCAAUGCCACCUCGGAUGCAAAGCUGUCGGGGAUGCUGCAAGUGGAGAAAGUAAAACCUUGGUGGCCGUACCUAAUGCAUCCAGAUCCGGGAUAUCUCUAUGAGCUCAAAAUAGAAUUGCACGGAGCCAACGAGGAACUGCUUGAUAUCUACCGAUUGAAUGUGGGCAUAAGGACGUUGAGUUGGACAAGCACAACAUUCAAUAUUAAUGGAAAGCCGGUGUACUUUCGCGGCUUCGGACGACACGAAGAUGCAGAUGUGCGAGGCAAAGGGUUGGACUAUGCAUUGCUCACCCGCGACUUUAAUUUGCUGAGAUGGAUUGGGGCGAAUGCCUAUCGCACAUCGCACUAUCCGUACUCCGAGGAGUCUAUGCAGUUUGCCGAUCGUCAUGGCAUCAUGAUCAUCGAUGAGUGUCCCAGCGUGGAUACAGAGAACUAUAAUCAGGCCUUACUUGGCAAGCACAAGUCGUCACUGGAGCAGCUCAUACAUCGGGACCGCAACCAUCCUAGUGUGGUCAUGUGGUCGAUCGCCAAUGAGCCUAGCACCCGGGAGAAGAACGCUGACAUUUACUUUGAAUAUGUGGCCACCUUUACCCGCUCCUUGGAUAGCAGUAGACCAAUAACGGCGGCCAUCAGUGGGUCUGCUAUUGAAGAUAAGGCAGCUUGUUAUCUGGAUAUUGUGAGCUUUAAUCGUUACAAUGGUUGGUAUAGUAAUCCGGGGCGUCUGGAUAUGAUCACAAAGCGAGUAAUAGACGAGGCUACCGCCUGGUAUUAUAAGUGUUAUAAGCCCGUUAUUAUGUCGGAAUACGGCGCCGAUACGUUGGAAGGUCUGCAUCUGCAACCGUCCUUCUUGUGGUCGGAAGAGUACCAAACGGAACUCUUUUCGCGCCACUUUAAGGCCUUUGAUGCGCUGCGACGCCAAAAGUGGUUUAUCGGCGAGUUUGUGUGGAACUUUGCUGACUUCAAGACGGCCCAGUCUUACACACGUGUCGCCGGAAACAAGAAAGGAGUAUUUACGCGUGCGCGGCAGCCCAAAGCCGUAGCGCAUCUACUGAGAAAGCGAUAUUUUGCGUUGGGUCACGAUAUGGAUCAGUGCAGUUUUCCAGAUGAUCUGUAUCCUUAUAUUGCAGCGUCAAGGUGGCACAUACGAUAGUAAUUUCCAAAUUAAUAGGAGGUGAUUGUAACUUUCGCAUAUGGUAUUUCUUAAUUGAAAUUAUAUAAGUUGUAAACAAAUUGCUUAAUAAUGCGUAAUACCUUAAGGAUUUCAAAUGUGUAUUCGAAUCAUAAUAAAAUAUUCUACUAUAUUGCAUAAA